AUGACUGAUGAAGGUCAAAAAAGGAGUGAGGUAUGGAAAUAUUUUACUGUUAUUGAAAAUAAUGGUAAAAAGACGGUUAAAUGCAAUCUUUGUGCCAUUGAACUGUCUUAUGCAGGGGGAAGCACAGGCACUAUGAUGAACCACAUUAAAUUCAAGCAUAAAUCGACUAACUUAAGCAAACCAGUCGCCCAGCAGUUAAAACAAGCACCGAUAACUGCUUUCAGAUCUCCUCUUCUAUCAGUCACAAGAGAGAAAUAUCAGAAAAUUACACAAAAACUAGCAUUAAUGUGUGCACGUGAUCUACGACCAUUGAGUAUUGUAGAGGGGAGAGGGUUUCAGGAAUUCUGCACAGAGCUGAAUCCGCAAUUUAAAGUUCCAUCCCGCACAACCGUUUCAAAUUAUGUCACUCUCCAAUACAAUGAUGCUGUUCAAAAAUUAAAAGACGUCAUUAAAAACCAAAUUGCUGUUGCGUUUACGUCUGAUCACUGGACUAGUCUGGCGACAGAAGGUUACAUAACAAUGACGGCUCAUUUUGUUGAUGACCAAUGGAACUAUCGUAACUCGGUUCUAGCUACAAGAAAAGUUACAGAGCGACACACAGGAGAAAAUACGGCAAAUGAAAUCCGUUCAAUUUCAAAUGAGUUUGGAGUUAACAACACACAGAUAUGUGCUAUAGUGACGGAUAAUGCUUCGAAUAUGGUGUCCUGUGUUGAGCAUCUUCGGUGGGAACACAUUCGAUGCUUUGCUCACACAUUGCAGUUAGCAAUUCGCGGUGGGUUCGAUAAUGCGAGUUCUCUAUCGAAAACAAUUGCUGCAACAAAGAAACUUGUUUCUCAUUUUAGAAAAUCGGUUAUUGCUACUAACGAAUUGCAUGUUCGACAGAAACAAAUGUCCCUCCCUGAGAACAAUUUGAUCAUUGACUGUCCUACGCGUUGGAAUAGUACAUUUGAUAUGUUUGAGCGUCUGCAGGAGCAACGUAUGGCUGUGUAUGCUGUUCUGCAUGAUAAAAAAGUUACCAAAGAAAAUGACGCCAGAAUUCUCGACUUAAGUGAUGGACAGUGGUUAAUUUUGGAAGGAAUGAUAACAGUGCUGCGGCCAUUUUAUAUGGCGACAAGAGUGAUGUGCAGCGAGGAGUACCCAACUGUAAGUGGUGUAUCAUCUUCGCAAGCCAAGGGUUUUCGGUCCGUAACACUCCCCACAAACCCUUGGCAGAUUACGCCACUAAAACUGUGGCCCGCAGUGGCGACGCCAAGCGGAUGUUCUAUAUAUUAA